AUGACAGCGCUGAGGAGCCUGAAGACUCUCCGUAUGGGCUCUCUUGAUGCUGGAUACAGUGUUGCGACGGCGCAAUUGUAUUCAGUAUUCAAUCGACGUCUUCCCAUGGUUGGUGGCCUGCUGCCUCUCGGUCCCGAGUGCAUGAUGACCGAGUAUGGCCUCGUACCUUCCCUCAAUUUACUUCCCUUGGGGUUGCCUCGCGCACGUGGCCAUGGUGGCGCGCCAUAUCCCGAUCGAGACGUCGAAACUGGGGACCACUGA